AUGUAUGACCUGGGAUUACACUUAACCUUGGGUGGGAACAAAUCCUUUGGCCUAAUAUCGAAACAUAUCCCAAUCCUCCAUCCAUACUCGUCUCCUAGUAAAGCCACGCCCUCGCCUCCAAUCCAUACUCAUCACAAAAAUGGCGCUAACACAACAGAAGGAAUCACAGUAACCGUACCAGUUCUCGUUCUCACACUCUCCGUCGCUGUCAUCUUCCUUUUCUUCCUCCUCUCCUCUCUCUCGAUCUGCAACUGCCCUAUCUCGUCCGCCUCAAACGCCGCCGUUUCCUCUUCCGUCCACCUGCCGCUGAAAGGGUACCUCUCCGGAGACCGGAUUUCGCCGACGCCAGCCGACAUUGAGUGGGUGAAGGAUCAGAUAUCUCGAAACGGACUUCAUAUGCAAGACAAUGUGCUGAGGAAAGGGAUCAACCCCCGCACUAGAGCUCAGCAGCUUCAAGAUCUUAUCCAAUUCAAAGGCAUAUCACAUUAUGAAGAGCCUGAAGCAAGCAAUCACACGGCCCUACCAUGCCCCGGUGAGCUCCUUGUCGAGGAGCAUCACAGCAACUAUGGGGAGCCCUGGGUGGGUGGUCGAGAUGUGUUUGAGUUCCUUGCUCAGGCAACUCGCUUGACGCUCAAUUCACAUGUCCUUGAGAUUGGAUGUGGCACACUUCGCGUAGGCCUGCAUUUUAUUCGGUAUCUAAGCCCUGAACACUUUCAUUGCCUUGAGAGAGAUGAGCUAUCUUUAAUGGCUGCUUUCAGAUAUGAACUCCCUUCCCAAGGUCUUCUAAAUAAGCGUCCUCUGAUUGUGCGAGGUGAGGAUAUGGAUUUCACCAAGUUUGGUUCUGAAAUUGUGUAUGAUUUGAUAUAUGCUAGUGCUGUGUUUCUUCAUAUGCCUGACAAACUUGUGUGGCUUGGGCUUGAGAGGCUAGCGAAUAAGUUGAAACCUUAUGAUGGGCGAAUCUUUGUGUCCCAUAACAUAAAGUUUUGCUCACGAUUAGGAGGGGAGGAGUGUACGAAGAGGCUCACAAGUUUGGGACUUGAAUAUAUUGGGAAGCAUACACAUGAUAGCUUGCUUUUUAAUCACUACGAGAUCUGGUUUGAAUUUGGGCUGUCCAAAGCAUAGGGUUCUUCAGCAUUGCCCUUUUGGAUUUUGAUUCUUUGUAACUCUGAAGCAACAGGUGAAGUUAUAGCUUAUGAUUGGCCUCCAGUCAAUUGUUGUGUUGCCUCUGAUAACUUCCAAGUGUUUUGGAAGGUUAACUUACGAGCUGUUGAUCAAGAAUUGAUGAUUUCACAGAUUUUUAUCAAAGUGGAUCAUGGAGGAUUGUGUGCAGCCCGGGGACAUUCUUUGUUCUUUUCAAGGAGAAGGAUUAUGCAUAACUUGGGACUUUCGAGAUCAACAAAACUAUACGUAGGUUACAUAGAUAAUGAUGUGUCGUUAUAUGAUUGAGUGAUUUUGAAUUAAGGAAAAAAUAACAUCCAAUUCUACGAUGAGACAUCAUCUGUAUAACCAUUUGUAUACUAAAAGAUUUAUACAAACGGUAUUGCUCUUUUGAGAUAUACUACUGGAUUGGUAAGGUGGGAGAGGUUCAUGCUAUUUGGGACUAUCAAAUUAUUUAGUUUUUGUAAUCGAAAUGCUGAUAGCACAAACUGAUGAAUAAAUGAAACUGUAACAUUUCAUUGCA